CCAUUAAAACAAUCUUUCUCUCCCAAACUCAGAAAUAUAAAUUCUCUAACACGAGAUUGUUCUUUUCGUUUCGUCAUCUUCUCUGUCUUGUUUUACGUAACCCUAGUUCCGAACAGAAUCGCCUCUAUCUCAUUCUCUAUCAUUUCUUCUCCAAACCCUAAUAUCAAUUUUCCCUAAUUUUACAUUUUCAUCUUCCCUCCAAAUCCUAGAUCUCAACCACAUAUGAAACCACGUUUGAAUUUCAAUAUACAAAGAACUGGUUCACGAUUUUACUCGAUUCUGUCACUAUUUUGAUUUGAACCGGCAAUACAAAUUGGAGUUAUUACUACUAUAAUUAACGCUUAAAGCAGCUUUUAUUUUGUUGGUGAAUUGUUGUGAUUGACAAUGGUUGGUGAUGGAAGCAAAAGGGACGAUAGUUUAUUGUUAAUUAACAAUACCAAUGUGUUUUCGGCGCUUGAUACUUUGAAGAAGAAGAAAUCGGAUUCAAAGGUGUUUUGGGCUAUGGAACCAUUGAAUGCAACUUCGUGGGGUGAUGUGGAUGAUGAUGAUUAUUAUUAUGCCACCACUGCAUCGCCUCAAUUUGUUUGGCCUGUUUCCGAGCCUCAGGGCAGUGAGGACAAACAAGAUAAUUUUGAGGCAGAUGUUACUAUGCGUUACACAAAGUGGUGGAGGCAAUCGGCAUUGGGUCGUGAGGACUUUGUUAAGAACAUUGUGAAGCGGAAGAGAAGUGCUACUUCAAGGAAACAUAGAUCUCAUGCAGGAACAUUUAGCAAAAGUGGUGUUCAUCUUGGAUUUCCUUCCGUAUCUGUGGAGGAAUGUGAGCCUGUCUCGAAAGAGUACAACUGUGGUGGCAUAAUCUAUGAACAUAAGCAUUUCGAGAAAGAUUUGAAAGAUGAAAAUGGGAUCAAAGAAGCAAAUGUGUCUAGUGACAUAAUCGUUUUAUCUGAUAGUGAAUAUGAAAGCAAAAGCUAUGCUAUCAGAAACAAAGUCUCUUUGUCUAGUCUUGAAUUUGAUGUUUUAAUAUCAUCAAAUGUGGGUGGUGAAUUAUCUGAAUGUGGGGUUGAAGAUGAAAUCAAGAGUCCAUUUAGUGAAAUAAAUGUCAAUGAAAUCAACAAGAAAAGUGUUAGGUCCUUUACGAUGGACAUGGAAUUUGAUCUUGAAAAUAUGAUUCAGAAGCUUAAAAGAGUGAUUUCUAAGCUUAAAGAAGCAAGAUUUGGCCACAAAGUAGAAAUUGUUUGAACCAAAGCCAAGGCAUGAUACUCUUUGGUUUGUGACAGCAUAAUAUUACUUUUCUUUGGUAUAGAACCAAUUUAAUAUUCCUAAUUUUCUUUAUUAGUUUACAGGAAUUUAAUUGCUGUUAGUACUUUUUUUGUGCAGCUUGUAAAAGUUGCUUUCAAUUGUAGUGAUUAGUACUGGUUGGUUGUUAUAUAUGAAGGUAUUGAUUUGAGUUAUUUUGUAGAACAUGGAAAUAUCAAAAUGAAUGAAGCUACUAAUUUGUUAUGUUCAUCACUUGAUUUGAUAACUAUAACCUCCAUUUUUUAUUAUAAAUUGUUUUGAAUUUUUUACACAUAAUAAAAAUAUAAUAAUUGUUGUAUCAAAUUAAAAAAUUACGAAAGUUUUUAUAAAAUUAUUUUUUAUUAAUGAUACGUGGAAGAUAAAUUUACUUAAUUGAAACAAGAAAAUAAUAAAUAUUUAAGGAUAUAAUAGAAAAAAUAUAAUUAAUUACUCAUUAUAAUUAUAUAACUAUUUAUAUUUAAUGAUAGGACUAUAGAGUAUUGUUUUUUGUUUUGUUUUAGUAUAUUUUACCUGAUUGUGUAACAGAGCAGAAAAAACCUAAAUCUAGUGCUACUACCGCUGCGAGAUCUGCAAAGAGGAAAACACCAGGUAAACCGAGGAGAACAAUGGUUGUUACUAAUCCAAAUUUGGAAGAGCAUUUGGUGGCUGAAGUUGAUGAAGCAGCAUAGAAAGUGGUAGAAGCUGGUAAUGUUAGCGACAUUGGUGCAAAUGGGACGGAACAAGAGGCAAUGGAAAUGGAUGAACCUUUUGUUGGAAAAGUCUGUGAGUUGGUGAAAAAGGGAAAAGUGUGGAAGUCAAUGAUAAUUUUCCUAAUUUUCCCGAUGCUCGUACAUUCUGAUAAACUACAAGCAUAAUAAAUACUAUUAGCCAAAUAAUGCAAAUUACUAACAUCAGUAUCCAAAAUAUACCACUGCUUUUCCAAGUACUUCACUCCUUCAACUGCUACUAAACCUUUAUCAUUCUGCAACCCUUUUAAAUCCAACUGAUAUUUCGGUUUUCCAUCAAACUCCAAAAUCCGAGAAAUUGAGGAUCAUAGUACAAUUUAUAGAAAGUUAGCUAUUAUAUUUGUUUGGGACAGAGGGAAAUUCUUAAUAUCUGGGGGAAAUGAUAAAUUGGUGAAGGUAUGGAACUGGUUCAGUUAUACUGAUUCUGGGUCAAGUGACAACAACAAUGUUAUCCUACAUUUGAAUAUUGGUGUACCUCAGAAGGUGAGUUUCACAGCAUAUUUCAUUGAAACUUUCAGGGUGCCGGUUACUUUUCUUGUUUCUGCGAAAUUUGUCUAUUAUGUGAUCACUUAUAUAUUUUGUUUCACUGGUCAAUUGGCUAUGUACCACUUCAACUGACACAGACAACCUUGUUGUGUGCGACACAUCUAAAACCGUAAAGGUCUAUUCUAUAACAUAGUUUCAAGCUGAGUAUUCUUGGAGAGCAAUCAUGCACCCUGACAGGAAAAUCUUAAAAGCUUAACUUAACUAAGCAGGUUGAUUUACAUAUAAUUUAUCUGAUGAUGUUUCAAGUUUUAUUGACUGGAGUCUAACUAAUUAUGAAUCGGUUUUGUAGUUUCUUGUAGCCUAUUUUUUUGUUACUAAUCCCCUCUUUGUUUUUGUUUAUGA